GAAGGAAAAUAAAAUAAAAGAAUAGAAGAUCGGAGAGGCAAAAGUGUAUUAGAAUUUAGAACUAGAAGCAGAAGAAGAAGAGGAUGAAAUGAGAAGAAAAAGAGAGAGUGGGCAGUGGUUGUAUUAGACUUUAAUGGCCGAAAUUCAGAAACCACUUUGACCACACUCUCUUCUCUUUUUCUCUUUCUCUUUAUCCCCUUUAUCAAUCCCCAAAUCCAACGUUCCUCUCCUAAUUUUCUUUACUUUUUUACAAACUUCCCUUUACUUUUCUUUUCUUUUUUUUCUUGUUCUUAGACCCAAAGUUGUUUUUGUUUUUGAUUGAUGGGUAUGUAGUAGAUAUGGCCAUGGAGCUCAUCUCCCCAUUCCUCACCAUGGAAGCCAACGCCGUCCAAGAAGCCGCUUCCGGCCUCGAAAGCGUCGAGAAGCUCAUCCGAUUACUCUCCAAUGCAAAUGCCCCCCAACAUCACUCCUUACCCUCUUCUACUCAAUCCCCCAUCGAUUUCCCCACCGACUGCCGCGCUGCCGCCGAUGCUGCCGUCUCCAAGUUCAGAAAGGUUAUUUCUCUCCUCGGCCGUAACCGCCUCGGCCACGCUCGUUUCAGAAGAGCUCCUCUGUCUCAACAACCUCACUACGUUACUCCCAUCCAGCAGAUCCCGCCCCAUCACCUUGACAACUCCACCACCAACAACAACGAAUCUCUUAAUUUCUCCGCCCAUAAUUCCUUUAUUUCUUCGUUGACCGGCGACGCCGAUACCAAGCAUCCUUCCUCCUCUUCCUCGCCUUUUCUAAUUACCAAUCUCUCCCAGGUCUCCUCCGUUGGGAAACCCCCUCUCUCUACUUCUUCCCUCAAGAGAAAGUGUAGCUCCGAUAACUUGGGAUCCGGAAAGUGCGCCGCUGCUUCUUCCUCUGCUAGAUGUCACUGUUCCAAGAAGAGAAAACUGAGGGUGAAGAGGGUGGUGAGGGUUCCGGCGAUAAGCUUGAAAAUGGCGGAUAUUCCACCGGACGAUUAUUCAUGGAGGAAAUAUGGUCAAAAGCCCAUUAAAGGCUCUCCACAUCCCAGGGGUUAUUACAAGUGUAGCAGUGUGAGAGGUUGCCCAGCCCGAAAACACGUAGAACGGGCCGUAGACGAUCCGACGAUGCUAGUGGUGACUUACGAAGGCGAACACAGUCACACCCUCUCCGUGCCCGAAACCUCUAGUCUCAUCCUCGAGUCUUCGUAGAUCAUCGUGAUUGUCGCCUUCAUCUUAAUCUCCCUAAUGAGAUCCGAGGGUCAGUUUUUUUCCACGUUAUUUAUCACUAUAUAUAUUUAUAUAUAUAUGGGUUCUCUUCCUUUUCUUGAACAAUGUGAAUUUGUCUAUUAUUAUUAAACAUUAAAAAAAAGGAAAAAAAAAGAGGAAAAAGUAAGGUAAAGAUUGUGGAUUUGGUAUUAGUUGGAGUAGGAUACCUUUUUUCUUUU